CAAGGUUGUGGAGGAUUUGGCGGCGUAUCGAGCGGACUGCAUCGACCGGUUGAUGCGAGAGGGCUGCGACUUGGACCCCGUCAUCGGCGACACCGAGGAAGACCAGCUCAUUGAAGAAGAAGAACCUCAGUAAACCAAAACUAUAAUGCGAGAAUGACUACAAAUCGGAAGUCGUUAUUCAUGUUUCUGAUGGGCCUGGCGUGGAAGUGCCGGUUCAGCAUGCCGCUGCUGCUGAGCGGCUCGGCGGCGGUGCUAGGCCGCGCCUGGAUGUUCCAGGUUCGAGUCCGGACCGUGCACAGCCUGCGAGAUAAUGAGCUGGCGUUCUACGAGGAUGACGAUGAGGAGGAGGACUCCUGGGAGACGGACACCAACGACUCCUGGGAGACCAUCAUGGAGGAGGAGGUGGCUUACGGGUAGACCGGACCCUACGUAUACGGUGUAUCACGUGUAUAUAUCCUCUGCGUGUAGGUAUCCUCUAGAGACCCGCCAUGGAACAUUAAAUUGUCGCUUAACUUCAAACUCGGGUAACUCCUUUUGACCCUCUCAGCAAAUAUCUACCCUAUUACCUUUUCUUAAUACCAAAAUCGCAUAAUCUGACAGAUGGAUUUACCCGAGUUUUAAGUCAAGUGACUCAAUUUAAAUAUGUAUGUAAAUCUUAGAGCAUUUAGUAACUGGAGACGUCAUCGCUGUCAUUUUCUGUACGAAACAGUCUGCGGAUUUUUGCGGGGGAGGGGACGUCAAUUUGCACAAUUGCAAGUUCUUCGGCGACUCCAGUUAUUAAAUGCUCUAAGAUGUAAACCU